AUGAGCGAAUACUGCUCAACCGACCGCAACAUCACUAUCCGCUUUGAAGCGCAACCGACACGGCCACCCGAUGACGACGAUUAUGCGAGUAACAAGUCAGAGGACACAGAAGACUUUCGAUGGGCGCAUGUGACCAUCUUGCAUCCGUUCCUAGUUCGUAUGCGCUAUAAUGGAACCGUGCAACCUGGCAGUGACGACUAUACCCUCUACAGCAAGAUCACAAACGCGCCGGUCCUAUGCUUGAAGCGACCAGAUGGUCAAGCGAUUGCACCAGGAAAGGAACUCCCGAGGUGUCUUGCCAAGAUUGUUGAAGAAGGUGCAAAGCCUCUGAAUGAGCUCCGUCGCGGUGGUGCAAAAGUAUCACAGGUCUUUCAUGUCGUUGUGCCCUCUCAAUGUGAAGACAUGGAUCAUACCCCUGCACACAAGGCUCUAUCGAGCAGCAGUGGUGUACUUGUCCCUGAAGUACAGCAAAUAUUGGACGACGCUGUGCACCAGCGGCGCCAGCAGAUGGAAGUGGAGCUCGCUGCUUUUGUUCGUCGGCAGCAAGAUGCGCUCGAGACGUUUGUUGCACAGACGACAGAAGAGGCAGAGACAUUGUCUGACAUUGCCAGCAUUGCAAGUCUCAAGCAGGAGCAAAAAGACUCACCAGCAUCGCACACGAGCCCACAAAAGAAGCCGGCCAUCAAGAAGAACAAAGACCGUGUGCCUUCUAAACAAAGUCCAGUCCUUGCUACGCGAAAGUCGGCUGCAGAAGAAGAUACGAGUGCGAGUGACCGUUCCACAAGCGCAGGACACCGCAGAACAUCAAGCUCCUCAAAGCCUCGUCAUAAGCGACCGCCACAUCGCAGUGAGACGACACCACUGCCAAAAUCUGUGCUCCUGAAAGAAGUCAGGCGCAAGUCAAGCAUGUCGCAUUUAUCGGACGGAUCCUCACGGUGCAGCGACACCACAUCGCCUGUGACACCAAAACGAGUCAUGUUUUCUGAGCAGGAACCGCAGCGUAUUGAGUCACCUGCGCUCUCAUCUGAUCCUGAAGACGACCCGAGCAUCAAAACAGCAAGCGAGCGUCUGCAAGCCAGCACUUUUCACGAUGAUGUGGAUGUGGAUGAUGUGUUCGAAAUGGAUGAGACAAUUCCUGUGGUACCUUUGCCGCAACCUCAAGGCCUUUCACUUGAUUCACCAGUCUUGACGGGAAAAAUUCCCGCGGGACGUAUUUACGGCAGGCAGUCCGAUCAGGGCCUUUCAGGCAGUUUCAAAAUGCGCAGUUUGGAAAAGUACGGCGAAGAUGACGACGAAGGCGGUGAGGUGCCUUCACUGACAACCCCUGAUGCACGUCUCAAGAGUCAAUCAUCUAAUCUGCUCACGGACGAUGCACCGUCAAACUUUGCAACGUCGCUGCCACGCGAUGUGCCGACAUCGAUGCAGCCUGUCAAGUCUCCGGCGAUCAUCAAUUCCGUCAAGGACCUGCCGGGUAUCUCACCUCCAACCAUACCCUCGCCGGCUUCUCCUGUGGAUGACAUGCCACCUUGUGGUAUGCCAAGGGAUAUGGCGUGGCGAAAGGCCGUACAGUCUUCGUUGAGAAUGAGUGGGUUGAUUAUGCCGACUCAGGCUGCUGAGGAUGUUGAGAGAGCUUUGCAGCAGACUCUAAGCAAGCAAGGGGCUACUGCUUGA